UUGGGAAACGGGGGGCAACCAAUGAUGCCCAGGGCAGAGACCCUGUCCCCAUUUGGUAGCACGUAAAACUGUCGGGCACCCAGGAGGUGUUGGUGGGAUCCAUCGUCAGCUGUCCCACCAGCUUGGGGAGCCUCGGGGGGCUGGGGGGUGGUGGGGGAGUUCUUUAAGGAUGGCGUCCCUCCCCAAGUGGAAGGCCCAACUUCUGGAGCGGAAGAGGAGGGAUGAGGAAGAGGGCAGAAGGAGGGAGAAGGAGGAGCUCGAGAGGCUGGCUAGCAUCCCGGCCUGGAAGAAGGAGGUAAUGGAGAGGAGGAGGAGCCGCCUUUGCUCCCGGCCCCUGCCGGGCGAGGGCCAGGCUCCUGUCCCAGGGAGGGCUGGGCCGCGGGGUGAUGAGCGUGCCGGCACCCAGGAGGGGGCGGUCCUGCAGGAGGCCAUCGGGCCCGUCAACUGCAACCCCUUCGUGCGGCAGGAGAGGCGGAGGUGGGACGGGGAGAUGGGGCAGGGCCCCAGGCCCCGGCAGUGGGCCCCCACCAACGCCGGGGCCAGGACGUCCCGGCCGGGCGACCUCGCCGCCCCGGAGCCCGAGGACCUCCCCCACCCGUGGCAACCGGCCUCCGACGCCCCAAGGGCCGAUCCGGGCAGGAGGGUGGGGGCCCCAAGGCGUCCCGUCACCGAGGCCGCCCUGACCAGGAGCGUGGAGGACCUGAGCUGCUUGGGGAGGGGCCAGGGCAAGGGGGAGGAGGAGGAGGAGGAGGAGGAGGGGGAGGAGGGGGAGCAGGUGCCCAGGCGAGGUAGGGUCAGCCGGCUGCUCAGCCGUUUCGGCCAGCGGCGGGGCUUCUUCGCCCGUUCCCGCAGCUCGGAGAAUGUCCUGCGGCGCCCCUCCAGACCUGGGGACCCAGAGAUCCCGGGACUCCUCCCUCGCCGGCCCCCCCAGCAACCCCCCUCGCCUUCCCCUCCCCGGAGCCUGCCUGGUGCCUCAUUUGUCGGCCGGGGUGACCCCACCGAGGACCAGGACCCUGAGCCGCCCUCCCCCUCCCCCACCCCAUCCCCCUCCUCCUCGCCCCCGGCAACCAACGCCCGUGGGGAGGGGGCGGGCUGCCCCCCGGCCCACCGCCCCGCCGAGCCAGAGGAGGGGGGGCGGCCCACAGAGUCACCCCAGGCCAGCGGGCGGCAGGUGGGGGCUGCCCCAGACCCCCGGGAGACCCCAGCGGCGGACGGCCAGGGGCAGGGUCCGGGCGGGCCGCCCCCCUUCCCAUCUCCCACGCAUCCCGCCCUGAGCCUCCCCUGGGCCAGGCUGUUGUCGGCGAUGCCUCCCCUCAGCCCGGCAGCCUGUCGAAACCGCAGCAAUCAGCACAGCUUCCCCUUCCUGUGCCGGCCUGACCUCAGGCUGCCUGGCUGCUGCGGCUUCCUGCCCUGCUGCAGCAGCGACUGUGUCGGGAGGGGCGGACGAUGGGCCCCAGGACCUGCAGGCCGGAGUAGGCCCAGAGAGGCCUCCGUCCCCCGAGCAGCAGGCCGCCCAGGAGGGGGCCGGCAUGAGCAGGCUGUACAGGGUGGAGGGCCUCUCCUGGGCAGGGCCCGCGCCCCACCCACUGCCCAGGAGGAGGCUGGGCCUCCGGUCCGCUUCCUUAAAGGGGCGGUGGGCCUCCUCAGCAGGCCGGAGGCGGCGGCUCCGAGCGAGGGCCCGGCGGAGAAGGACAGCCCCGGGACGGCGCCUAGCGACGGGCAGGAGGCCAAGGGGCCAUGGGGGUGCGUGCGUCCGAGCGGAACCCCCCAGCGCAAGGCAGGCCGGACCAUCACCAUCAACCCCCGCAAGAUGGCGGCUAGCAAGGCCUCAGCGGCGGCGGAGAACGGUGUGGUGGCUCCCCCGGCAACGACACAGCCCCCGGCAGCCCCAGGCGCGCCGGCCAAGAAGAGGUACCCGACAGCUGAGGAGAUCCUGGUGAGGGGUUACCUGACCCUGCGGAGGUCCUGCCUGGUCAAGGCCGGGGCGACCCGGAGGAAGGUGAGGCCUUUAAACAUCUCCUUUAAUGACGGCGAGUUGGAGUCCACCUUCGAGUACCCAUCGGAACUGGCGCUGCUGGCUGAGUUCGGCACCGAUGAGGACGAGGCGGCGCCCCAGCUCCGGGAGCCUCAGGAAGAGGAGGAGGAGGAGGAAGAGGCACCGGUCCCUCGCCUGGAGGUGCCCGGGUCGCCUGUGGUCGGGAGAGUGAUCCGCAGGAAGCCGCUUCUCGUAGAUGAGAGUUGCAGGUGAUGACAGACUCCACAACCAACCACCGUGUGACUUUUGCCUUUGGAACUGCCACCAACCUCUGCUUUAAGUCUCGUAAACUGCCAAGGACCACAUUCCUAAAGAGAACAAAGAUAUAAACAGGACCCUCCAGGAUUUUCCUUCCGUUCACUGGAGCUGCCACAGAUGACUGUGACCGACUGCUGGUUCGUUUCCUCUGGAUGUUUUUCGGAAUCAAACAACUCCACCAAGCCCAGUGGGACGUGUGGCCCACAGCAAGGGCGGAAAGACGUUGUGCUCCAGUUAGGAAACACCACUGUUCCUCGCUCAAACAGAACUUCCCAAAUGCCCAUUCCUUUUUGUAGCUUCACGUGCCGGAUUAUUUGAACUUCUUCAAGGAUGUAGGCUUCUGCAGGGAGAACAUUUGCCAUGGUGAUGUCUGUGUGUGCCAGUAAGGGGGAUUCAGUACUCCGAAAAUAUUUAUUCCCCUUUAUGUGUGAAUAGGGGCGGGUGCUGCAUUGUGAGAGGGUGCUUCCUCAGGGCGUGACAGGACAUUGGGCGGAAGGGGAUGUCCCAUCCCGUCCCUCCCCUCCCUGUCCCUGUUGGUCAGUCACAGGAGUGAGAUGGAGGUCUGGUCCAGACCUGGAGACAACCUCUGCCGAUGGACGGGAGGGACGGUGGGGGAGAUAACGCGGAAUCCUGGGACCUGAUUGCAACACAGGAGGAGAGGUGGAGGGUGAUUUGGUUCAGAAUUCCCGGUUGGUGUCUAUCUGAGGGAGAUCCAGCUCUGGAUGGUGUUCCCGUCUCCAGGAGUACAGCCAGGUCCCCGGCCACUCAGGAGUGCACGUGCUGUUCUCUAACCUCCUACCGACAGCUAAUGGCCCCGCGCGCAACAAACGAACCUUCACCGUGGCACCUUGGUUCCUCGCCACCUGACUUGACGGGGCUUGUUGACUCUGGGCCAGCCUCCUGGAGAUUUUCCAACCUCAAUUCCUCCUUUCCCUGCCUCUAUGCAACAUUUGAGUGGUAUGGGAUUUGGGAAAAACAACAAGCCUUAAGACUCAUAGGGGCAGAAUUAGGCCAUUUGGCCCAUUGAAUCUGCUCUGCCAUUCGAUUGUGGCUGAUUUUAUUUUCAACCCCAGUCUCCCGCCUUCUCCCCGUAACCCUUAACCCCCUCACCAGUCAGGAACCCAUCAACCUCUGCCUUAAAUGCACCCAAUGCCUUGGCCUCCACAGCCCUCUGUGGCAACGAAUUCCACAGAUUCACCGCCCUCUGGCUGAAGAAAUUCCUCCUCAUCCACUUCCGAAGGGACGUCCCUUUAUUCUGAGCAUAGUUACAUUGGGAACAAUCCUGGCCACUUGUCUUUCAGUGUUCCUGGGAUGACUAGUCCCAGUGACAAGCAAUCAAGUAUGCAAGGAAAUGUGUACCUCCCACUCAGGAUUUCUCCCCCAGAAUUACAGGAUUCUGCCCCACCUUCCCGGAAUACCACCAGGUUCCUGUUGAGCAGAAGGCACCACAUGGGAUAAAAUCCUGGGAAGCUCUGUGACUACUGGCGGGUCCCGGGAUCACUAUCUGAAUUUCAGCAGCCAGCCCAGAUACAGUCUUCCAGUCCAAUACAAGACAUUCCCGUCUCCCGGUUUACAAGCUCUUGGUUUUUAUGUGUGUUUCUUUUAAACUUUAGACACAGUGGAUUUUGUGCAAAUUGUGUGUGUGUGUGUGUGUGUGUGUGUGCGUGUGUGUGUGUUUGUGUGCGUGCGUGUGUGUGUGUGUGCGUGUUUUUAUGAGUUUGCUAUGAACGGUUUAACAAUGCAUGCCAGCACUUUUGCUGUCACAGCCCACGUAUGUUCACGCCAGAUCCCCAAUAAAAUUUUGUAACUGGCUCCAGGGCUGCAGAUAUUGCGAAGUUCAGGUUUUCAAGUGACAUAGAACAGUACGGCACCAGAACAGGCCCUUCAACCCAUCAUGUCUGUGCCAGCCGUGAUGCCAAAUUAAGCUAAACCUACCUGCCUGCACAUGACCCCCAUCCCUCCACUCCCUGCCUGGCCCAGAUGCCACACACAAUAGUGAGUUGUUUUCUCUGGAGUGUUGGAGGCUGAGGGGAGACCUGACGCUAUCGCGUCUGCUUCCACCACCCGUACCAGGCACCCACCGCGCUCUGUGUAAAAAUACUUACCCCGCACAUCUCCUUUAAACUCUCCCCCCUUCUCACCUUAAAGCUACGUCUCCCAGAAUACUCUCAGUCCUGAUGCAGGGUUUCAACCCGAAACAUUGACACUUCCUUUCCCCUCGCACAGGUGCUGCUGGAUGAGCAGAUUGUUGCAACAUCUGCAGUCUCUUGGGUCCCCUCUGGUGUUUGACAUUUCUACCCUGGGAAAGAGAUUCUGACUUGUCUCCCCUAUCUCUGCCUCUCAUAAUAUUAUAAACCUCUAUCAGGUCUCGUCUCUGCCUCCAACGCUCCAGAGGAAACAACCCAAGUUUGUCCAGCCUCUCCUUAUAGCUCAUACCUUCUAAUCCGGGCAGCAUGCUGGUGAACCUCUUCGGCACCCUCUCCGAAGCCUCCACAUCCUUCCCGUAAUGGGGUGACCACAACUGUGCCCAACACUCCAGGUGUGGUCUAACCAAAGUUUUGCACCUGCUUCCCCCUUGUUCCUCUCCUGGUUCACCCAGGCCCUCUUACACACACACUGCAACCCUCCCAGCCCCCUAUUGCCCCUGGUUCUAUCCCCUCCUCCACCUACAUCAGCCCAUCUCCCACACACACCUCCCACUGGGUCCCCUCCCUCCACUGUUCCCAUCUGCUCUCCCCACCUCCCUUAUUUGGUUCCAUGCUCCUCUCAGAUUCGCUGCCUCCACCUAUCACCCCCCAGCCAGCAACCUGUCACUCUCCCCACCUUUCCUUCCCGGUCCUGCAUCUGCCAAUCACCCCCCCCCCCCUCACCUGGAUCCAACCAUCACCUGCCAGCCCUCACUCUACCCCUUCCCCUCACCUCUUUAUACCGGCCAUCUCCCCUCUGCUCUUUCAGCCCAGGUGAAGGGUCUCGACCCGAAACGUCGACUGUCCAUCUCCCUCCACCAGAUGUUCCUCCAGCAGCUCCAGAUUCCUGCAUCUGCAGCCUCGAUGCCUGUGAAGUUGUCACCGGCCGCUUGUUGUUUUGGCAUUGAGACGUGCAGACACUCUCGUGAACUUGAUUGUGUUUAUCUCAAACUGCGUUACCGCUGGAGGGGGUGGAAAAUGUCGCAAAGUCCCUCACAGAAGCGUAGGCCAAGAAAAAUUGUCAUUGAGUCACUGAGGGAGAUACUCGAAGAAAAGGUUGAUAGGUUAGUCAAAGGGACAGUUUUUAAGUGGCAGUGGAGGGAGUCUUCAUCGUCUGUGGUCUUGCUUUUGUACAUCUGGCCUUCCCUUAUUCGGAAUAAUUCUCCACGUGGUGACCUUCUUCUGUGAAAGGCACGGAUUGGGAUUGAAGAAAACCACCACUUGACCCACACCAAGCCAAUCCAGUCAGUUUUAUUGGUUGCACCCUCACACUCCCAUUCACAGACUCACGGAGAGAGACAGCACAGAAACAGGCCGUUCAGCCCAUUGCGUCUGCACUGACCAUCAACCACUCACUGACACUAAUACCACGUGAAUCCCCGGAGACACCGGGAGAUGCUGGAACCUGGAGCAACAAGUAAAAAGCUGAGGGACUUCAGCGGGUCGAGCAGCUUCUGUGGAGGGAAAUGGAACAGUUGACUUUCUGGUCCAGGUGGAGGGUCUCGACCCGAAACGUCGACUGUCCAUUUCCCUCCACAGACGCCGCCUGACCCGGCGAGUUCCUCCAGCUUCUCACUUGCUGCAUUAAUCCAAUUUUUUAUUCUCCCCACAUUCCCAUCAACUCCCCCCAGCUUCUACCCCUCACCCACACACCGGGGGCAAUUUACAGCGGAGAAUUAACCCACCGACCCGCCCAUCUUUGGGACGCGGGAGGAAACCGGAGGAAAACGUGCAAACUCCACACAGACAGUGCCUGAGUUCAGGAUCGACUUCCUCCUGGUUUAAAAAUGUUUAAUUACAUGAAUCCUUAUGGGAAAUUAUACAUACUUUCCCCAUCAGUGCCUUUCACGGAAACAGGUUGCAAUUGUGAAACAGGUCAAUGAAUAUCGAAAGUUAUUCCUAAUAAAGGUGUUUUCCCAAUUCA